UUCAUUAGAGAGACCCGCCCGUUUGCUGGGCGUGUUAGUGAAUGGCUCCACGCAUGGUAUACAGUACCUGCGAUUCUCCUGACACGGAGCUCAGCUGCAGCUGCACGCACAACAGGCGUAUUCUGUUACAGCCGGAGUGCAGUGAAAACAUCUGCUCGGGAUAUUAUUAUUGUUAAUAACAGCACACUCCUACACAAUGCAGCACAGCCUAAGCAUCGCUCUGUCCUCCGCAGCGCUUGUCGCCCUCGUCCUCCUUCUCGCCGCUAAGGUUUCCAUGGAUAGCGGAUAUGUGCGUUUACGCGAGAGGGAUUUUACCAAUGGAAAAUACAACUCCGUCGGGGUCUCGCAGCGUAAUGCCUUACUGAGUGAAAUCAAGGAGAGGCACAGGGGACUCCUACCGUACUAUAAUGGUUCCGCCUGGGGCUUUUCAUUGAAAUAUCGAAAGGGACCGGCGGAUUUGGGGCUGGAUACCCUUUCGAGGACCCUUGAGAAGAUGGACGAGGUGAAUGUGAAAGCUCUCAACACAGGCGCCAUCAGCGCUGCUGCUGGAUGCGAGGAGCUGCGCUCCAUGCGUCACUUUGAGUUCCUUGGUUCGGGCUACACAAAGCUUGUAUUAAAAGGGGUUUUACCGAACAGCACGGCUGUUGCGCUGAAAUCCGUGAACCGACAAGGGGUUGACAUGAAGCGCUGCGCGGAGCGGUUUGGAGACGUGGAGGGCUGCUACAGACUGGUGUCUUACAAACUCAUCAAAGAGAUCGUUCUGCUUCAAAGACUGCAGCACCCUAAUAUCAUCAAGCUCCAAGGUCAUUGCUAUAGGAGUGACCCGGGCGUGAGGGUCACCGCAGUGCUGGAGCUGGGCUUCCCUCUGGAGAUGAUUCAGCUCCUGCAGACCCCCUGGGAGGAGCGCUUUCGGGUCUGCAUGAGUCUGGUUAAGCUGCUCCACUACCUGGCCAGCUCUCCCCUCGGCUCGGUGUCUCUCCUGGAUUUCCAGCCUCGUCAGUUUGUCACCGUGGACGGGGAGCUGAAGCUGAGCGAUAUCGACGAUGCCGUGGCGGGGGAGCUGUCCUGCAGGGAGGACCGCGACUGCACGCUCCAGUUUCCCACCAGGAACUUCACCUCCCCCUGCUCCGCGGACGGACAGUGCAGAGGGCUGAACGAGAAAAGAAACCUUUAUAAUGCAUUCAGAUAUUUCUUCACAUAUCUGCUGCCGCACCGUGCACCUCCCACACUGCAGCCCCUUCUGGAUCGGAUUAUGAAUUCCACAGGGGACCUGAGCAGCGGGAUAAACAAGACAAUGGAAGCAUUCCAAGAGAUUUUGUAUUUGUACAAGUCUGGGCAAUAUUUGCAAAACGUGUCAUCUUCCAUAUUAAAAGAUUACAUAUUAUUAAAGGGAUUUAGAAUGAAGGAAAGCAACGACUACAAAUGCUGGCCGUCCUACAAGCAGCAGAGCUGUUUGCUGUCUGUUCACAACACGAAGGAGGCUGCAGGAAUCUGUAACUCUCACUCCCAGUGCCAGGGCUUCAGUGUGGAUCAGCAGAGAACCUGGACAGGGCGGUACCUCGCGUCAUUCAGAAGUGGUUUUGGUGAUCUGAUACCAGAUGUUAACUCUGCAAUCUAUGUGAAGAAGGGCGCUGGCUUCAGGGCAACGACAUGAAGAAGGAACAAGAUCACAAGGGGAAGGGAAAAGAAACGGAGAGGAAUGUUUGAAGUAAAUUAAUAUGAUAUAUUUCUAUGAUGUGUGUUUUUUUUUUUUUUUUGCACUGGGUUGUUUGAUCUUUGUGUCAGCCUAUGAUAUCUGCAAGGGAUCUCAUUAGCAGAAACGACUUGUUCUACAUUAUUGUUCUGAUUUGUGUGGCUGUUUUGUUUUUGUAGUGUUGUGCUCAUUGUGAUACAUUCCGUUCUUCAAGGCUGGGUUUCACUUCAAGGAAGCCGCAGAAAUCAGAGGCAUUCCUAGAACUGAACCACACCCUGCAUCUCAUACAGUUGUGCUUUUGAUAAUGCAGCAUCCACUGUGCUGUGAUGCCUUACUGUACAAGCAGCAGAGCAUGAAGCUGCAUCCAAAGGGUUCUUUACCACACUGCCCCUGACUUCAAAUAGCUGAUCACAGAAAACAGCCAAUCCAAAAUGGGGCUGGGGGCUCGCUAGUAGAACCUUGCCCUACUCUGCUGCUGCUGGCAGAUAGCAGCCAAGCCGACCCAAAUCAGCUGCUGGAAAAACCGCUGUGGUGUGGACUUGCCUUUAGACUCUUGGAAGUGGAAAUCACAACAGAAGAGAGGUGAAUGCAAGCAGUCAUCUCUGCACCAGAGUGUGUUAAAGGCAAUGCACGUGUCUAUAGGGGCUGCUUCAGGAUGCUCUACCAGCUUGCAGAAGCCUGUCUUUGUUACCUGUGUGAUUGUAUUGACUGUGUUUGUGUCUGGCAGGUGUAAGUACCUGUGUGAUUGUAUUGAUUCAGUAUUGGGCUUGUAAGCUGCUGUAGAAAGUGGCAGGACCAGAAGAUGACACCUGAAUCAGUUUGAACAUGCUGACUGAUGUGAGAACUGUAUCACGAUGUUUGUAACAUGUGUUUGAUUGUGCUUGAAUCGUGAGACCAUGCCCUGUGGGUAUAAUCUGACCUUAUAGGUCAUGUUCAUUCUUUCAGAGAAAGAUCCCAAACAGUAUUUAUGAAACUGGAAAUGUAUGUAAGUGUAAAAUAUUAUAUAAAAUAAAGCAAAUUUGAA